AGAGCUCAACUGCAGGCAGCUGCAGCUGCGGCCCCCCUUUGCGGCCGCGGACUCCCGGUGUCACUGCUCCCAUUCCCCCCUCGCCGGCCCCCUUCCCUCCCCCCAACCCUCCUCCCCCUUCCCUCGGAAGCGCUGAGUAAGCCCGGGGCCGGGAGGGUAGGAACUGGACGCUGCAGGAGCGGAGCUGGGGGGGUUAUGUCCGGAUCCAGCUACAAGUGCCCCGAAGCUGCAGCCGCCCCUGCGAGAUGGCCAGUGACCAAUGUGCCAGGUAGCAUUCCAUGCCACCCUUGAAUGCCAACAGGAAUUCACUGGGACAGCAAACCAUCUUCGAACUAAAACUGACUCUUUUGGAGUAACUUGGCCAAGAAUAGAAGUCAUCAGUCCUAACUAUGGCAGCACCAAAGAGAACUUUGUACAUUUCCCCACCUGAUGGAGGAUGGGGUUGGAUGAUUGUGGCUGGCUGUUUCCUUGUCACCAUCUGUACCAGGGCAGUCACAAGAUGUAUCUCCAUUUUUUUUGUGGAGUUCCAGACAUAUUUUGCUCAGGAUUAUGCACAAACAGCAUGGAUCCAUUCCAUUGUAGACUGUGUCACCAUGCUUUGUGCUCCACUCGGGAGUGUUAUCAGUAACUACUUAUCCUGUCAAGUGGGAAUCAUGCUGGGUGGCUUGCUUGCCUCGACUGGUCUCAUCCUGAGUUCAUUUGCCACCAGCCUGAAGCACCUCUACCUCACCCUUGGAGUUCUUACAGGUCUUGGAUUUGCACUUUGCUAUUCUCCAGCCAUAGCCAUGGUGGGCAAGUAUUUUAACAAGAGGAGAGCCCUUGCAUAUGGCAUAGCUAUGUCAGGGAGUGGAAUUGGGACCUUUAUUUUGGCUCCCGUGGUUCAGCUCCUGAUCGAGCAGUUCUCCUGGCGGGGGGCAUUGCUCAUUCUUGGAGGUUUCGUUUUGAACCUGUGUGUUUGCGGUGCCUUGAUGCGUCCCAUCACCCUGAAGGAGGACCAUAAAAACCUCCCCGAACAGGACCCUGUCUCCAAAACUCCAAAAGACGACUUACCACCUUUGUCCCUCUGCUCACCUUUACUGAAAGAAUGUGCUCAGCCCUGUUUGUGCUGCUCCCUGCAGCAAGAAUACGGCUUCUUACUCAUUGCAGACUUUGUGGUGUUUGCCACAUCCAUCCUGUUUAUGGCUUAUGGCUGCAGCCCUCUCUUCGUGUACCUGGUGCCUUAUGCUCUGAGCGUUGGCGUGAGCCAUCAGCAAGCUGCAUUUCUCAUGUCCAUACUUGGAGUGAUUAACAUUGUCGGCAACGUUACCUUUGGAUGGCUGACAGAUAGAAGGUGUCUGAAGAACUCCAGAUAUAUUUGCUACCUCUUUGCUGUGGGAUUAGAUGGUCUCUGUUACCUCUUCCUUCCAAUGCUCCAAAGUUUCCCCCUGCUUGUGCCUUUCUCUUGUACCUUUGGGUACUUUGAUGGUGCCUAUGUGACCCUGAUCCCCGUAGUGACGGCCGAAGUGGUGGGGACCACCUCCUUGUCAUCAGCUCUUGGUGUGGUGUACUUCCUCCAUGCAGUCCCAUACCUAGUGAGCCCACCCAUUGCAGGAUGGCUGGUCGAUACCACUGGCAGCUACACCGCAGCUUUCCUUCUCUGUGGCUUUUCAAUGAUCUUCAGUUCUAUAUUACUUAGCUUUGCUAGACUUCUAAAAAAGAUGAAAACAUCCCAGGUGCAGUCUCUUGAUGAAGAUCCUGGCCCCAAACUGCAGCUUUGGCCUAAUGGAACAGUAGCUUACUCUGUAGCAGGAGAACUAGACCAGAAGGAUGGGGACUUGAUGACCACUAGAGUACCUAUUUACAAUACAUGACCAAUACACAUAGAGCCUGGAAACGUUCAGAGAUGUGAGAGCUGGGGCCACAGUGUAGAUUCAUUAUCUGUCUGAAACAUGAUCUUUCAAGUGAAUGAUUCUCUGUUAUAUUUUUAUAGGGGGAAAAAGAUAACUGAUAUAAAAAGGCAAAUGACAAAGGAAAACUGAACCCAUCUGGUGUUUUUCUUUCUUAUUCCCAAUAUGUGCUGGUGAAUUCUAAUCUCAUUCUUUUGUCAGCUCUGCCACAGGGGUAAUAUAGGGCAGUAGAAAAGAUGACUGAUCAUAAUUAGAAAUAGUGUCAUAACACUGAGAAUUGGGCUCUGUUGGGCAGCUGAAUUUGUACAUCUAACUGUAGUUCUUGAUGUUUUGUGCCUUCCUCCCCUGUCCUUCACCUUUCUUAGUAAGGGGCAAGUCGAAACGUUUAGCAGAUUGUUCCAUCUUUACUAUGCUACUUGGA